AUGAAGUCUGUCAUUAUUGCCGCCGCCGCCACUUUUGGUUGUGCCUGGGCUAGCCCCAUCUUCGCUCGCCAGACAUCCUCUUGCACUUUUAGCAACACCACCACCCCACCUUGUGGUGCUACUUCGUACAUCGACUACACCGUCAAGUCUGGUGACACUUUGACCACUAUUGCCGCCAACCCGGACCUCAAGUCCGGCGUCUGCGACAUUGCCAAAGUCAACUGCAUCAGCAACAUCAACCUCGUCAUCCCCGGCGAGGUCCUCAAGAUUCCUUCCUUCUGCACCACCCCCGACAACACCAGCUGCCAACCCACAGCUGCACCCGCAACUAACAACACCUGCGUCAAGGGCGUCCCAGCCAAAUACACCGUCCGCAGUGGCGACUUCCUGAGCAAGAUCGCCGAAAACUUCGAAAUCACUCUCGCAGCUCUUGAGCAAGCCAACCCUCAGAUCACCAACCCCGAUCUCAUCUUCCCCGGUCAAGUUAUCAACAUUCCUGUCUGCGAGGGUAGCAGCUGCAUUGUUGCCCCCUACCAGAUCAAGCAGGGUGAUCUUUACUACGAUCUGGCCCAGACCUAUCACACUACCGUCGGCCAGAUUGAGGCUUACAACCCCAACGUUGAUCCCCUUAAUAUCACCAUCGGAAUCACCAUCCAGUUGCCUCAGAACUGCAACUAG